AGUGCGCGUUUCGUUGUCAGAGAGACUAGUAUCGUGCCGGUUUUCUCCGAUAUCAGUGGACGUUAGCAACCGCCCCUAGCGUUAUAUCGUGACCAGGACGUGUGUAUGUGUGUGUGAAAAAAAUCAAGACUUUAAGUUAAAACGUCCGAGUUACAGGAAAUAUUUGUAAGUAGUUCGAUUCCCAGGUAUCGUUGUCUAUUGCACCACAACUAAAAACAUGCUGAGGUUCUAAACGUGUUGGAAUGACUAUUUCAAACAGCUCGUCUGCACAUAUCUAAACUGACUAAAUCAGAGAUAGAAGAAAAAAAAAAGGACAUGAAAGGCGCCUGUGAAAACAACGUGCCAGGCGCCACUUACUCGUGAAGGUCACUUUACUCCAGUCGUUUUCAAAUGUGCACGAACUUGUGUCCUAGCAACGAUAAACAAGUAGCGGCGGAUGAAAGAAACGUCAAUAUCUCUAUUGAUAUCAGUACUUCUACGGUUUUCCUUUCCUAAAUGUUGCAUGUGCAUCAGAGAGGCAAAUCAGAAAGACAGCAGCCGAGAGAUGUGAGUAGGAAUGAAGAAAUGUUGAGAAAGAGCCGGAGUAAAAUAGGAAACUCGUAUUCCGUUGACGUCAAUCAACUUCCAAAAAACGUUUUCACCAAAGCCAGACAACUGUUUGGUAGCGAGAUCUGCCAACAUUAUCUUCAAGAACGGGGGUUUAAACGAAAUCUAAAAGUAGAUAAAGAAUCGGUGUGUCUUUGGGAGGAGGAAAAUGGUAAUUUGUUUUCUGAAAAAUAUCAGCCUGUGAGCCUUUCUUGCAAGGAGAAAUCGGAAGAAAGUGGGGUAGUUGAUCUUCCUGACCAUCAGCAAACACAAAAACACAGUCCUCCUCUUUCCGAAGAUGUUACUUUAGUGGUCCCGUCCGAGACUGGACAGGACUCCUUGUUAGCAGCUCGUGGUUUGGAUAUAUUAGUUGAUGAAAGUUCUUCUGAAACUAAAUCUCUCUAUAAUGCUUUAGAAACCGAACUCUGGUCACCUAAGUUGGCUAAAAUCUUUAGUCCCGAGGCAGGGGUUGAACAGUCUAGAUAUCAGAUAGAAGGAAUUAGAUCGAACAAUCUUCAGACUUCCCAUAAUAUCACUAGUGUUGACGUUUCUGAACACUGGAACACAUCAUCCCACUGUGACAAUUCCCAGAAUCCCGAUAAUAUAACAACUAGUAACGUAGACGUUUCUAAACACUGGAACACAUCAUCCCACUGUGACAAUUCCCAGAAUCCCGAUAAUAUAACAACUAGUAACGUAAACGUUUCUAAACACUGGAACACAUCAUCCCACGGUGACAAUUCCCAGAAUCCCGAUAAUAUAACUAGUAACGUAGACGUUCCUGAACACUGGAACACAUCAUCCCGCGGUGACAAUUCCCAGAAUCCCGAUAAUAUAACAACUAGUAACGUAGACGUUUCUGAACACUGGAACACAUCAUCCCACGGUGACAAUUCCCAGAAUCCCGAUAAUAUAACAGUUGGUGUUGAUGUUUCUGAACGUUGCAGCAAUUCCCAGAAUCCCGAUAAUAUAACAACUAGUAACGUAGACGUUUUUGAACAUUGGAACACAUCAUCCCACUGUGACAAUUCCCAGAAUCCCGAUAAUAUAACAGUUGGUGUUGAUGUUUCUGAACGUUGCAGCAAUUCCCAAAAUCCCGAUAAUAUAACAACUAGUAACGUAGACGUUUCUGAACAUUGGAACACAUCAUCCCGCGGUGACAAUUCCCAGAAUCCCGAUAAUAUAACUAGUAACGUAGACGUUUCUGAACAUUGGAACACAUCAUCCCACGGUGACACUUCCCAGAAUCCCGAUAAUAAAACUAGUAACGUAGACGUCUCUGAACACUGGGACAAAUCAUCUGACACACAGGAAGAUGUAAACGUCGUGGCUCUUUCUUCAUGUUUUAAGAGCGUUGUUAAAGAUGAUAUUCAUUGUAAAGAAACAUGUCAUGAUGAUCCUCCUUUAGAUCAUUCAUUCAAUACUACAGAUUCCUUCAGGUUUAUAUCGUUGACUGAAACGGAACGUGUUGGUCAAUCAAAUAACUCUUCGAAGGAAGAUCAAGUGGAAACUUUUAAACACAGAGAUGGCGCUUCUUCUUCUGACGAAUUCAAGACCUCUUCAUUUGAAGAAAGAAUUCCACUUAGUACCGGAAGCACCAGCAAUGAGGAGGGAAAACAAACAAGUGAACAUCAGGUAUGUUCGGAUGUCAUUAGUUUGGAAAAUAAGAUGUCCACAAUCACGCAAGAUGUUUCCAGGAAACAAACUCAGGACAAUGAAGAAAAUGAUGAUGAAAACAAAGAGGAUGAUAAUGAAUCCCUAAACACAUUGAAACUAGAGGAAGACAACUGUAAAGUUACUGAAGACGUUUUACAAAACAGUAUUGUCAAGAGCCUAGAUUCUGGCAUUAGAAAAAGGAAAUGCAGUAAGAGACAAGUCAACAACGUUAAUAAUAUGUCAGAAAAUCAAGAUAUUCAAUGUGAAAUUCCCAUUAAGAACCGAAAGGUGUCUGCAUUAUCGGUGUAUGCCAGUAUUGAAAACGGAAUGAUCACUGAAGUAAAAUGCAAGAGAUUUAAAAAAAGAACUGUAAAAAAUAGAGAAAAAUGCGACAUUUCAGGAACUUCAGAUUGUCGGACAGCAGGGGAAGAAAGAGAAGGUAACAUCGCUAAAAAUAAAAACAGUUGUCUUGUCGUUUCGCCCAAACCUACAAAUUACAGCUGCGAUCCUGCUAUUCGAGAAGUGGUUGAGGAUCUUGUCCAAACCGUGUUUUUGAACUCUUUAGACAGAGAAAAUGACCUGAAACUCGAAGAUCCCAAUAACGUGCGUGUUAAAGACCUUUUUCAAAAGUUCUGUGAUGAUUUUAACUUCGAACAUUGCGAUUAUCAGGAACUGAUAACCGAUUUCAGCGAGACCGUUAAACCAAAACUGAGUGGAUGUGGUGAAUACUCGGUUCCUCCGACAAAAAGAGGAAGAAAAAAAUUUGACCCAAAUAUCAACUCUUCAGCACCUGAUGUUCCCCAACAUCUUUAUCAUAGAGGUGAAUCUAAAACUAUGAACAAGUUUUACCAUUCCAUUAGCCUCAGAAGGAAAUCCAGAUGGUUAAGACAAAUUCCAUCUGCCAAACGAGUGGUAACCAGACUGGCUUUGCAUGAAAUGGGUUUAGAAAAAGUCGAAGAUUUGGAAAGCAUUCAUGAAGGAAAGAAACGUAAAUCUAGUGGUGGAGUAGUGGAGGAUGCUAGUAGGGCAAGUGCAACGUUUGUAAAGUUUAAUGGUGGAGUAGUGGAGGAUGCUAGUAGGCCAAGUGCAACGUUUGUAAAGUUUAAUGGUGGAGUAGUGGAGGAUGCUAGUAGGCCAAGUGCAACGUUUGUAAAGUUUAAUGGUGGAGUAGUGGAGGAUGCUAGUAGGGCAAGUGCAACGUUUGCAAAGUUUAAUGGGUUGAGAAAAGAUAAAACUGCUUCGUCGCAGAAGAAACAAAGUUUAAAAAGAAAAAGAAGAAUUAUGAACCAAUCAGGAAAUGAUGGUUCUUGUUUCACUUCCUGCCAGGUCCACGAGGAAUGUGUAAAGGAAGGAGGUCACGACUCGGUGAGAUUGACUAGCGUUCAAAAUGGUUACAAAGUGAAUUAUAAAAACCUGAAACGAACCAACUUAGAAGACGGAGUUAGAAUAGUUGGUAAACCUCAAGACACUCUGGUUCCCAGGAAUUAUGGCUUUCGGGAAAGAAGCCAUAGAGACUUGAAGGAAAAUGAACAGAAUGCUGGAACUGACAGUUUAGGAAAGAAAACAAAGAAAUUCAGGUACUGA